AUGAUCGCAAACUUCAACAGGUACGCGCUGUUGCUCCGUCCAGUCACAUGCGAAAAUGCGGUCAAAACAUUUGCAACCUUAGCGAAUAUAUCCGAGUCGACCGCUCGAGACUCGAGUGCUGUUCUGCGCCGCAAGUUCAUGCCUCGUCUCACAAACUCCACUGAACUGAUUUUCAUCAUUAAACCUGUAACGAAACCUUAUGCACUUGUUAUUUAUUUG